GAUUAGAAAAAACAAAACAAAAUCAAAUUGGCUUGUAUUGGAGCCUAUGAUUUUUUAAUCCAAUAAAAAAUGGCCACUUGAUGGAUAUUAAAUUUCUAAAUGGACCAUUACCAAUUUACCAUAUUAUAUAAAGUCCACCACUCGAUUAGUACCUCCCCAACACUAUGACAAUGCCCUCCCAACGGCUACACUUAUUAAAUAAACAUGAUCAAGCAAGUCCCUUUCCUUGCUGCCAUCAUUCCAUUGCUGUUUCUACCCUAAGUAAAUUAAUUUCGUGAAAGCCGAAAAACUUGUACUAUUCUGUUUACCGAGAAUUUUUCUUGAUACGAGCUAUACUGGGGAGUGGGAUAUGAACACAAAACUCAGGUGUAGGAAUAAACACUCUUAACAUCUUGAGCUACAUGCCUCUUGCAUAUCUUACUGAGAUUACAUUGAGCUUAAUAAGUUUCAAUUUAUAUCUUAAUCUUCUUGUGUUACUUACUGCUGUAAGAAUGAAGUUUCAUGAGAAGGAAGAGACAAUGUUUGGUAUAAAGAAUCUUUAGAUAACCCGAAAUCAAAGAUACCGCAGUUUUUGUUUAUAAUAAUCUUGUUUUGAUGAUCGCUGCCCAGCAGAUGCUUGUAAAACUGUUCAAAAGAAAAAUAAACGUAACGCUGACAUAUGAAAUUGUAAUCUGGGUACUUGGGACCUGUUCUUUAGCAUAUACUGGUUGGUUUUAAUGUUUGAACUCUUGCUCAGCUGGUGUUAGUGUUGAUCAGUUCAGACUUGAGACUGCAGAGACAGACAUAGUUGCUUUGUCUAACUGGUUUAAAGUCGUCACGUGUAAGUAGCUGGUUUCAGAGGGAUAAUCAUCUGCUUGAGUACAUAGUCUGCUUAUAGCUCGUGCAGGUACAUAAGAGUUGACACUUUUCGGGUGGCUUCAAAUUUUUUGUUUGUGGGAAAAAGUUAUUUAGUAUGGUCAGUGAAAAGGGAAGCUCAGUGAAUGAUUCUUUUGUGAAACCAGAAGGCAGUUGGCAGAGUUUGAUAAACUCAUUCCAGGGUCAGGGGGUUCCAAGAAGUCAGGGGCAGCAGAUGGAAGGAAGAGGGCUUUCCGACUUCUAUAGGAAUACAAGCGAGGAGUUGAUCGUGAGAUCUUAUAUGGAAAGCUCAGUUGCAACGCCUCUACCGACCAUGGAGAUGCUUGGUUUUAAGAAUUUGUCUCAAAACUUUCGUACAGAUAGCGAGGAACUCUUCAAAAGCUGGCUCACAACUGGAGAGACCAAUUGCUACAAUUCAUCAAGCAUUGCGCAUCGUACCCGAUCACGGAUGAUAUCUACUGAAAUAGCUAGCUUAUCGUCGGGUCAGCAACAUGUCGGUAUUCUUCAAAAGAAAAGAAGCAAUGAGUGUUUAUAUCCACCAAUUAAUACCAUGCCUGAUGAAAUCUCAGGUGACAACAAUCAAAGUUCAAUCAGGCAUGGUGUUGAACGAGGAAUGCAGGCUAGCGAGCUAUACUUGGCUAAGGCCUGGUUUCACAGUUCUCAACCAAUGACAAGAAGCCGAUCCUCUGAAUUGCGGAGGAGGUAUGUUGCCAUGCAAAACGCUCAAAUGCCAGGAGGUCUGGAAGUGAUGCAGACUGCUUCAGGGAAUAGCAAUCUAGCAAAACAGGAUUUUGCAUUUUCAAAUGGUUUCAAUGACCCUUCUAUUUGUGUGGUCACCAAUCAAUUGGCGACCUUCAUUUCUCCAUCCAAUUCAUCAUCGUCCACUUUCAACACCCCACAAAUGAGUGAAUUGGAUAGAGUUUCAUCUGUGGUGAGCAUGCUAAAGGGUACCUUGGAGCGCAAAAAGCUUAGCAAUCAGAUCGAGAAAGAAGGUGUGGAUGACGAUAGCUCCAAUGGACGUUUCUCUGUUCAAGAAGGUAUCGUCAACAUCGGUUUUGAUCAAGGGAAAAGGGAUCAAAUUCAUGAAAUGGCAGGGGGAACAUUUCAGGAAGUAUCUACUAUCCAAGUUAACAAUCAUAGAAUUAAACAAAAUGUUGAAGGUUCACUGGAUCUUGAGAUGGAAGGUUUUGUAAAUAUCACAAACCCGAAUCCCAUAAGCAGGAAUUCUCAAGAACCUUCCCAAAGUGAAUCAUCUGCUGCUGCACCAGUAGUUUCAUCUGGUUUUGAUGCAUGUGACGGUCCCAGCAAUUCAAGUCAAACGCUGAGCAUUUGUGAAAGUUCAAUCAAACGAGCUGGAAGCUCUAGAGCCAAAGAUUUCAGAGAACGGAUAAUUGGAAACUUGAAAGAUGAUCAAAAGAGUGGGAAACGUUUAGACCGCUACAGAUCAGUGACAUCAGCUGUUUCAGUGGACAAGGAGGAUGCAACAAAAAAACGCAGGGUGGAGAGGUCACGGAAAAUGGCGGAGGCAAAGGAAAGGAACUCGACUCCAGUAAUUCCAUCUGAUAUACAAUCUGUCUUGAAGCGGUGUGAAAAUCUUGAAAAGGAAGUGCGAUCACUCAAACUUAACUUGUCCUUCAUGAAUAGGAAGGAUUCUGAGCAGACUACGCAGAUAGAGGAGCUGCAGAAGCAAAAUGAAGAUCUAAUUGAUGAAAAAGAACGGCUCGUAGAGGAGAUAGAGAGAGUCCUUUCAGAAACUGGAAAGAUUUGAAACUCUCAUCAACUUCUGGUUUGCAGUUAACUUCAGGAUCUUGAGAAUUUAUAAAGGUUCAAUUGUGGACAAAGCAAACAGGCAAAUCUUAAUGCUUGAUGCACAAGUAAAUCAUGGUUUGUUUGUUUUUUUUCUUCCAAAACUAGAGUUUGUGAAUGUCAAACUAUCAGUUGACCAGUAAAUUCUACAAUGUCUGGUAAAUUCUACCAGUUAACCAGUGAAUGUCAAAUGGAGGUUACUUCUUAUACAAUGAUAUUCUGGUAAGGCGAGGCUGGAUUUGGACAAGUAGCAAUA